AUGGAGGCGGACCGCGACAAGCGCAUGCUGGAGCGCGAGGUGCUGCGCAACAUGAUCCAGCAGUGGAACGCUAAUCGACUCGACCUCUUCGAACUCAGCGAGCCCAACGAGAACUUAGAGUUCCAUGGGGUGAUGCGGUUCUACUUCCAAGACUCAGGCCAAAAGAUCGCGACGAAAUGCAUCCGCGUCGCCUCCGAUGCUACAGUCAGCGACGUUAUAGAGACGCUGAUCGAGAAGUUCCGUCCAGACAUGCGCAUGUUAUCGCUGGGCUCUUAUUCUCUGUGGGAAACGCACGGGCCCGACUACGAGCGACGUCUCGAGCCGCACGAGAAGCCGCUGCUCGUGCAACUCAAUUGGCACACCGACGAUCGCGAGGGGCGCUUCUUGCUCAAGUGCCUCACCAACAACGAGGUCCCUUUGUCUUCCGACGUCGAAAAAGCGGAUCAGAACUUUAAAAGGAAACUAUCGAAACGAGAGAAAAAGGAAUUAAAGAAGAAAGAAAAACUAUCCAGACUGAAGUCCGACACUAAUGAUGAAAAUAGACCUAUCGCUGAGAAACUUUACACAGAAUUACCCGAGACGUCGUUCACGCGCAGCAUCAGCAACCCGGAGGCGGUGAUGCGAAGGAGACGCCAGCAGAAGCUCGAGCGCAAGCUGCAGCAGUUUCGCUCUAAAGACGGUGGCCCCGAUACUGGCGGCACGCUGAAGAUCUACGGGUCGUCGCUGAGUCCGGACGUGCCGUACAAGACGCUGCUGCUGUCGGUGGGCGACACGGCGGCCGCGGUGGUGCGCGAGAUGCUCGACAAGUACGGCCUGUCCCGCCACGAGCCGCACCAUUACUGCAUAGUACAGGUGGAUACGGCCGAUAACUCGGAGUACAUAUUGGAAGACGACGAAUGCCCUCUCGCCAUCGUGAUGACGCAUCCACAUCGCAGCUCCAUCAUGUUCCACGUGCGGCGGCGGCCGGCGGACGCGCAGCCGCGGCGCCGGAAGAAGAAGGUCGGUGGUGGCGGCGGGUCGCGCCCCGGCACCGAGCCUAUGCUCCUGGAGGUCGCGCCCGACGGCACCGCGCUUGAGAACGGCCGCCGCAUGCGCCUUACCGAAGUGCUCGAGGUGGGUUCAGGCAACGGGACGGCUCUGCAGCUGUACGGACCUUCGAUCCAGCCGCGGCACUGCGUGAUCGCGGCUGCGGAGGGCGGCGGCUACAGCGUGACGCCGCUGCACGCCGACGCACACGUCUACGUCAACGGACGUCGGAUAAUGCACACGCAGCGCUUACAGCAUGGUUGCCUCCUCAAGUUCGGCCGUGUCUCCACAUUCCGUUUUGUGGACCCUGCACAGGAGACCCUCAUGAACAGAAAUCUCGCUCAAUCACAGAAUUACGGUUCCGGUUCCAUAUAUGACAGAUCGCCGACGUCACCCGAGAAUAGCGGUGCCAUGUCGCCUACUUCACUCGCAUCCCACCACGCCGAUCUCGACUCCAACUCGAACGCAAAUAUCACAAACGACACGGAAUAUCCAGGGACCGGUGGUAGCGAGCGCGCGGGGCGCGGUGGGUGCGGGGGCGCGGGGCCAGGCGCGGAGGCGAUCCUGCCGGCCGUGCUGGAGUUCCCGGAGGCGGGGCAGGCGCAGUUCCUGGCCGCCGUCAUCACGCGCCUCGACCCGCACGCGCCCGCCUUCAAGCUCGCGCCCGUCUACACGCUCUACCUGUGCGCACGGUAUCGUGCGUCUACGCACUACCGGCCAGAGUUAACUCCGACGGAGCGGGCACACAAGCUCACGGCAUUUCUUCACCACGUCGCUACGCUCAUACAUGCUACAGUACAGGAAAGAUGUACAGAUUCCGCAGCACAAGCGUUCUGGAUGGCUAACGCCAGCGAGUUGCUUCACUUUCUAAAAUGCGACAGGCAUAUAUCUUCUUUCUCGACGCAAGCCCAAGAAUUGUUGCCUCAGACCGUCCAAAAUGCAUUCAGCAACCUGGUGACGUGCUUCCAAGAGGAGCUGGGGCGCGCGCUGGUGACGCUGAACAGCGCGGGCGUGGCGGACGCCACGGAGGCCACGGCGCCCACGCUGCAGGCGCUGGCCGCGGCCAUGGUGCUGCUGCGCCGCUGCCGCGUCAACGCCGCGCUCACCAUACAGCUCUUCUCGCACCUCUUCCACUACAUCAACGCCUACUGCUUCAACAAGCUGGUGAUGGAGCCGGGCACGGUGAGCGCGCAGUGGGGCGCGGCGCUGGCGGCGCGGCUGGCGCUGCUGGCCGCCUGGGCCGAGCGCCAGGGCCUCGAGCUCGCCGCAGAUUGCCACCUCGCGCGCACGCACCAGGCUGCACGUCUUAUCCAAGGCGAAUACCGCACUCCUGACGAAGUGAGGGCGGCAUUAUCAGCGUGUGUGAAGCUCAACUCAGUGCAAGUGCGUGCGUUGCUGACGCCCAUCGCACCACCCGAUAUUGUAGAAGCUGCCGUCGCACAUGCAAGGGCUUUGGCUGACGAAUUAUACAGGGCUGACGGAAGAGAGAUCCGCGCGGAGGAGAGCCGGUGGCUGGGCGCGGCGCUGCUGAUCCCGGGCGACGGGUUCAGCGCGGAGGUGGUGCGCGGCGUGCCGCCCGGCCUGGCCGAGUUCGUGGCGCCACUGCAGCGUGGAGCGCUGUGCCGCCUCGUGCACCAACCGCGCGCGCUCGGCGCCUGGACCGUGUACCUGGCGGGCCACGCGCCGCACGCCGCCGCGCCGCACGCCGCGCACGCGCACCCCGUGCCGCACGCGCGCCCGCUCAUCGUGCGCCUCAACAAGAACUCCUCAGGCAUGGGCCUCAGCAUCGUUGCCGCCAAGGGCGCGGGGCAGAGCAAGCUGGGCAUCUACAUCAAGUCGGUGGUGCCGGGCGGCGCGGCGGCGGCAGACGGCCGCCUGGCGGCCGGCGACCAGCUGCUCUCCGUCGACGGACACUCGCUCGUCGGCAUCACCCAAGAGAGGGCGGCGGAAUACCUGAUCGGAACUGGUCCGACGGUGACAUUGGAAGUGGCAAAACAGGGAGCUGUACUUCAUGGUUUGGCCACCCUUCUCCAUCAACCUGCUUAUAACCAACGGCAAGAGUCCGCGGUGGCGGGGGAGGCGGCGGGGGAGGUGCAGUACGAGGAUCGCGCGCGGCGCAACUCGGGAACGUUCACCAACACGCACCCCGCGCUGCUCAGCCCCGCCGCGCCGCUCUCCGAGCUCGCCACCGCAGGAUACGGUCGUCGCUCUUUCUAUAACCGAUUUGGUCUCCGACACGAGUCCAUCGAAUCUAGUACAGAUGAAAGUGAGGAAUGGCAUCCACACUACCAUGGCUCCAUACCCAGACUAAUUAUAACACUAGAUAGAGAGAAUAGUCAGUUGCAAGAUGACUUAUCUCCCGAAACUCCCGGAUGUCCGAUAGAACUUAGCAUCGGUCCCACGCCACCACGGCCUAUCCCAGUGUUUACAUUCACAUGUGAAGAUUUCGAUGAACAACGCAAAUGUGAAACGGAGAAUCAUAAUCCGUACACUCUAAAAGAGGAUCCACCGCCCGUUCUUGGACCUCCUGUAACUUACGAUCUGUCAAAUGAAAAUGGCGAAGCUGUUUGUUUACCUCCACAAAUGAGGCCGAUAGACACAAAACUCACGCUAGAUUUAUUCAAUACACGAGCAAAAGAAGCAGAAAGUUACAGACGUAGAUGCACCGGAGUGGACGAAUGCGUUAGUGCUUGCGAGUGUUGUCGUACACCCCAACCAGAAGGGCAGCAAAUCCCAUACAUAGACGAGCCAAACUCUGAACCUGUUAUAUUUGAAAACGAUUGUGCCGACGAAAAGAUCGCUACACCCAAAAUACGAAGGAUACUCCCCUCUGUAUCGCUGGAUAAAUCAGAAGAAAUGAAACCCGUGACAGCAGAUGCCGAAUGUCAAACUUCUUCCUCUCCUGAGCAUGAUGAAGCUGAAACAUUCUCAGUACCAUUAUCUGAUAGAAAAUUUGACCUUAACUUGAAACUAGAAAAAGAGUCUAAAAAUAUAGAAAAUAUUCAUAGUCGCCUCAAUAGAACAUUAUUUAGUAUGUCCAAAUCAUUUUCCAGUAAAUCAGAAGAUACCGAUGGACCGUCCACUUAUUCUACUUCGGAUUCUUUUGAUGAAACUUUAAACCAAAAAAUUAAACGUAUUGAUAAAGUUUCACCAAAUAUCAUACGAAGUGACACAAAACAAAUUUUAGACAGUAUUGAUAGGAAGUCCUGGAAAUCUCCGGACGAAUACAGACCCGCAUUUGGACGAGUCAAAGCUUUGACAAGACGCUUUAAUGAAAUCAAUUUGAAAUAUUCCGUCAAAAACUAUAAACUCAACUGUCAAUCUAGCCCCAACCUUUGUACUCGUGAUGAUACGAAUUCAAAGCUAAGAGACUGUUUACCAGUUAGUACAAGUUUAGCGAACAUACAGUACGAUUACAAUAAAACCGAUACAAGCGACACAAAAGGAACAAAAAUGUCAGAUGAAGAGGUUAAAAGUAUCUUGAUACAGUUAGAAGACUGGUCAAGAUACGGUUCACGAGGUAGUGAAGAUACCCUUGCACAAGGUAAUGAAUUCGAAUUGCCAAAUCUGCCUUCCGAAGAUCAUACAGAUAAUGUGUCUCAUAGUGGUAGCUUUAUCUUUACCGAAAUUGUUGAUAAGAAACCUAGAAAAAUAACCCUCGAUAAUAUUAAAUUAAAAUCGAACCAAUCAAGUGUUAGCUCAGACCAACUCAGAUCAGACAAACUUAGUAAAGAGUCCCUGGUUAAGAGCGGUAGCUCAAAGAAAGUUAGCGCUAAAAUUACUCCACAAGUGGUAAAUAUGCCACCUCACAAGCUUACAUCAUCGUUUUUCGAUGUGUCAACGGAUAUGUUUUUAGAUUCGAGCCGAAUUUCAAAUGAAACAGUAAUCCAAAGCUGUCCUAAUAUCAGCAGUAGCAGUGCAGCAUGUCGUGCAGCUGGGGCUGUUGGUGACUUGAACACCAGCUAUCCAGCCCUCCAGACCAAGAACUACACUCAACUCGAAACCCCGUACGGCGGGGGCAGCGGGGCGCUGCGGCGCGCGUCGGAGCGCGACCUGCCGGCGCGGCUGGCGGCCGAGCCCGUCAAGCCGAGCAAGAGCACGCCCGCGCUGCACCACGCGCCCGCCGCGCAGCCCGCAGCACAGCCCGUAACACAGCCCGCACACAGUGUGAGCAGCGGCACGCUAAGCGCGGCGGGCGCGGGCGCGGGCGCGGGCCGCUCGCGCAGCAGCCACAACCUGAGCGCGGCGCACGCCGACGCCUUCUACCAGAACCUCGCCGCCGUCGCCGCGCCCUCGCACCACGCGCCGCAGGACAGAUGGUGGAACUAUCGCAGCAGUGGCAGUCGUCCUCAGUCCGCUCAUUUUGCAGCAGGUGGUACAGAAACACAGCCUGAAGUUUCUUUGCAUCAACAGGCCAGCACAUCUAGCACUGCGAGUAUCAGGGCGGCUAAGUUAGCGGAAAUGUCAGAAGAAGUGACAAGACGACAGCAGCAGCAGCAACAACAACAACAACAACAACUAAUGUCCCAGCAGAAACAACUUACUCUGCCGCAUCAACACACCCAGUUUAACCAGCACCCAGGCCAACUUGGGCAUCAAUUGGGACAUCAGAUGGGGCACGUUCAACAUCCAAGUCAAAUGAGCCACCAAAAUAACCAGCUCGGGCACCAGCCAGGCCAAAUUCCGAACCAAAUGGGUCAACCCAGCUACCAAUCAAGCCAACUCGACCUACAAUUAAAUCAACUCCACCAAACAAAUCAGCCUGGUCACCAUCUGAGUCCACUUGGGCAACAUUCGACUCAAUUAAAUCAAGGAGCUCAACACACUGGACAACUGGGUCAACAAGCAGGUCAACUUGGCCACCAUCCCGGCCAACUGGCUCAUCACUUGGGUCAGUUGAGUCAGAGUCAGAUGCACAUCCACCAGAGUUCGAUACAUUACCCUCAACAGUCUUCGCCGCAACUGUCCGCUGGUCAUCAGGGCCAGAACAUGCAGCAGUAUAUGCAUGUGCAAACUGUGCAGAGUCCUCCUUCCUCGUAUCACAACCAACAUAAUCAGCCGCAUAGAUACGACUGGCAUCCACCGGGUCCGCCUUCACCACAACGAUCCCAACCGCCAGUUGCUCCGAAGCCACAGGCUACAAGGCGUUCGGAGAGUGAAGAUGAUCAGCACCAACAGCAACUACAACAAUCACAAAUCACAAGCACAGUGCAGCCAGAAGACGAGCGGUACGUAGCGAGCGCGCUGGAGCCUCCGGCGGUGUCGGUGUACCCGGCGAGCGGGGCGGGCGGCGGGGCGGGCGGCACGCGGACGGGCGGCGCGCACAACCCGUGGCAGCGCGAGGAGCGCGAGCGCCAGGCCGAGGCGCGGCGCGCCGCCGCACGCGCCCGCAGGGAUGCAGCUAUUGCACAGCUGUUAGCAUUAGGGUCGUCACGCACUCCUGUACAAAACCAGCAAUUGCGCGCCUUGCAGUUGGAAAGAGACUUCGAACGCCGAGCCACACAACACGAACACGACGAAGUCGGCGGCAGGGAGCAGUGCGCGGACGAAGAAUGCGAGUCGCGCUCGAACUCGCGCUCGCCCUCGCCGCAGCCGCAGCCGCCGCCUGAGCACGAGCGCGGCCAGUUCCAGCCGCAGCACCACGCACAGCACCAACUUCAGCACCAGCCGCCGCACCAGCCGCCGCACCAGCCGCCGCACCAGCCGCGCAGCCGCCGCACCAGCACCAGCAACAGCCCCAGCUCCAACCCCAGCUACAGCCCCAGCAGCAACUGCAGCCGCCCAAUAAGUUUAUUAGGAAAUAAUAAGAAGUGUGGUGUACAGACAAUAGAAGAGAGCCGCAUUUCGGAGUUAACGGAGGGCGUGGCGGGUGUGAGUGUGUGCCCGCCGGCGCCGCCCGAGCGCGGCUCGUCGUUCGCCGUGAUGGCGGGCCGCCGCGCGCUCGAGCCCGCCGCCAGUGCCGCGCCCGCGCCCGCUCCCGCGCUCGCUCCCGCGCCCGCACCUGCCCCCGCGCACACGCCAGCGACCGCUCCGCAGUCGCCGCUCAGUACGACCCGCGACAAGCGCGUGUCGUUCCAUGAGCGUGCCGCCGUGCCCGCGAGCGCUUCCGCCCGAACGAAUACUCCGUCCCCUGGCCCCGCCCCCGCCCUCUCCCCCGCCCCUGCCGCCGGCCUUGUACCCGCCGCCGCUCCUCCGCCCACGCCGCCCACAUCUUCACCUCCGCCACUCGACCCGCCGCCAAGGGAAGAUCCAGAUCGGUUCAUCGAGGAGGCGGAGAGCAUGCUGGGCGGGCCGGCGGGCGGCGCGCACGUGCACACGCACACGCACACGCCCGGCGUCAUCGGCGCGCAGGAGGUCUACAGAGACCCGCGCGCACGGCGGCUGGCGGAGCAGCGCGCGCGCGCGACGGCCGCGCCCGUGCCCGAGCAGCUCUCCUUCAAGGACAAGAUGAAGAUGUUCGCGCUCGAGGCCGGCGACCGCUCCACGCCCAAGGACAAGGUGAAAAUAUCACGAGCGCAACGCGAUAUUGACGCUGUGCAUUGA